CGCGUUUCGCCCGCUCGGCCGCAGUCCGCCUCCGGUGUGUUCUGAAGAGUGAAGGAAGGGCGGUCGCCAUGCCGCUCAACAUUCCGGGCCUUCUCGUGCCCUUUCAUCUGCUGGUGAACCCGCGCCUUGUGCUUCCCUCCAUGGUCGUCAGAGACAUUCGCCAGCUUGACUUUCAUGCCCUGCGCCGCGCGGGAUAUCGGGGCGCCGUCUUCGACAAGGAUAACUGUCUGACGAUCCCCCACAAGGACCACCUCGUCCCCGAGCUCGAGGAUGCCUGGGCUGAAUGCCGCGCCGCCUUCGGCCCCGAUCACGUCGUCGUCGUCUCCAACUCGGCCGGGACGCGCCAGCUCGACGCGGGCGCCAUCCAGGCCGAAGCCGUCGGCCACGCCCUCGGCGUCCCCGUCCUCUGCCACGCCGCCCUCAAGCCGUCCUACUCCUGCAUCAAGGACAUCCGCGCGUACUUUGCGGCCCUCCCGAAGCCGGUGCGCGACGACGAGCUCGUGGUCGUCGGCGACCGCGUUUUAACGGACGUCGUGAUGGCGCGGCGGAUGAAGGGCCCGCUGGCGGUGUGGACGACGGGGGUGUGGCAGAGGGAGGCGACGGUGAUGCGUCUGAUGGAGAGGGGGCUGGUGGAUGUGGUGAGGCGGUGGACGUCCCCGUUGGAUGAUCAGGCUACGCGCUCGUUUAUCCGCCAGAGCACGUCCGAUCUAGAAAAGUGACCGCUUGCAAUAUGUCAUCUCGUCUCCUGCUUUGCCUCUCUUCGGUGAUCGGAAUGUCGACGAUGUCCCAUACUUAGUAUGCGGGACGUUCUGGCACUUAUUCCGCAGCGCUCUCCUUAGGAUGUACUGCAAGAUAAUGCUAAUGCAGGGCGGGAUGUCGACUGA